AUGGAUGUCCUGCAUGGAUUGUUAAACACACGGUGGCUGCAGUCACUGCUGAAGGUCUAUGAGAGUCUUCAUCAGUACCUGAGGAAGAGACCACAGCCUGUCCUGCCAAGAGCAUCUGAACUUUGCCGAGAGGUGACAGAAAUGCUCAGAGAAACUUCUCGGUCUAUGGACUUUCGAGAACUGUACUGGCUCCUUGGAAAACCUGAUUUCCAGGCCCUGCUCUCUGCUCAUGACACCGUGGCUCAGAAAGACUACGAUCCCAUCCUGCCUCCACUGCCAGAUGACAUCCCUGAAGAUGAGGAAGCCUUGAGGAUAGUGUGCCUGGUGAAAAACAAGCAUCCUUUGGGAGCUACUAUCAAAUGUCAUGAAGUGACAGGAUCCAUAGUGAUAGCUCGGGUGAUCCGUGGUGGUCUCGCAGAUCGCAGUGGAUUGCUGUUUGCUGGGGAUCAGUUGGUUGAAGUUAAUGGAAUACCUGUCACUGGGCUGGAGCCUGAACAGAUCAUUCAGCUUAUGGGCAAGUCUGAAGCCAGUGUCGUGUUCAAGCUUAUUCCAGUGUCACAUCGGCCAAAGAGCUCUUCACAAAACACACUUUAUGUGAGAUCACUGAUAGAUUACUGCCCGCAGUAUGAUCCUGCCAUUCCUUGUCCGGAAGCUGGCCUGAGCUUCAGGAGAGGAGAUAUCCUGCAGGUUGUCGACCAGAAUGAUGCCCUGUGGUGGCAGGCCAAGAAUAUCACAACAUCCUCGAAGUGUGCAGGCCUGAUUCCCUCCAAUAACCAGCUAAAGAGGAAACAGAGGGAGUUCUGGUGGUCUCACUCCUUCCCAUUGCACAUUUGCAGCAAAUCAACACUCUUGAGCCCUGUGGAAGAAGAAGAGGACAUGACAAUUGCUGAGAAGUUUGUUGAAACAGAUGAAGAAGCCUUUGAAUCAGAGGAACUGAGAGAAGAAGAUGCUGAAUUCAAUGGAUAUAACCAAGGAUUGUACAUUGCAGGAUUCAGGAGGAGCAUGCGACUGUGCCGCAGGAAAUCGAAGAGCAACCAGUUGCUGACCUCUGCUCGCUGUCCAAGCAGCUGUUAUACCAGCACAGUGUCACCGUAUGAGGAGGUGAUGAAAUACCAGCGCAGCCCCACUGACAGACACAGGUUGAUUGUCCUGGUGGGUCCCUCGGGAGUGGGGGUAAAUGAACUGAGAAGAAGGUUGAUUGAGUCAGAUCCACGCCUCUUCCAAAGUCCAGUACCACAUACCACUCGGCCACCACUCAGCUACGAGGAAGAUGGGCGAGAGUAUUACUUCGUUUCCAAGAAAACAUUUGAAGCCAUGGCCUUGAGUCACAGGUUCCUGGAGUAUGGAGAGUACAAAGGCCAUCUGUACGGCACGAGCAGGGAGGCUGUGCGCUUGAUUCUCGACUUGGAGUUAAUUUGUGUCAUUGACCUGGAACCACAAAGAAUUCCAGAGGCACGGACAAAGGAGUUAAAACCCUUCAUUAUAUUCAUCAAACCUCCAAGCAUCAGGCGCCUGCAACAAACACGAGCAAAAAGCCGUAUCAUCACCGAGUAUUAUGUAAACAGAUCUUUCAAGGAAGAAGAUUUACAAGAGAUGGAGGAUGUAUCUGAGAAGAUGCUAGACUAUUUUGGACAUCUGUUUGACUGUGUGAUUGUGAAUGAUGAGCUCCCAGACACCCACAUGCAGCUACUUUGUGCUGUAAAGCGAGCUCAGUCUGAACCAUACUGGGUGCCAGCAGCUUGGCUCAAUUCAGACAUGAGUGCUUAAUUCCUUCUCCAUUGGUGUUAGCUGUGGGCGAGUUUGUGUAAAAUAGAUGGUAAUGCCA